UGUUUAAUCAGUUUAAUCUCUAUAUGUCCUUUUGUUGUCAUCUGUAUUGAGAAAAGCUAAUAUAAGUUAUUCAUCAUGCUAAACAUUCAUAAACAGAAAGUAAGAGGCUAACUGGAAACAUGCCAAAGUAAUUGUAAUCAUCACAUAGUAAUCUCUGUAGAUAGUAAUAUGACAACAUACCUCAGCUACCUGUUCUUGACUGAACUCACACAGACAUGAAAAGAAGAAGAAAAGGAAGCCAGAAAAAAGCGAGAUGAUCUCUAACUAUUAUCUGAUUGGCUGUCUCUGAACACAACUGCAUUGCCCACCCACAUGUUUAUAUGAAUCCUUGAUCAUUUCUCGAGUCCUCCCACUGAGAGAGGAUCCGUGCAGCGAUCGAGCGCUCAUGGCAGCUAAUGAUUAUCGCGGGUACCUGCGGAAUCAUUUCGAUAUGGAAGAAGCUCCGGCGCGCGUCGCGCACACAGGCUCCACUCACAGGGCGCUCAUAUUCGUCACCCUGGCUGUCAUGGGACUGCUGCAGGUCGCGUCGAGUGUGGCGAUUUUGUUGCACUUAACCGGUUAUCUCCGUGAGGUCGACCUCAGCUUACCCCAGCAGACUCCUAAUGAGGAAAUGCACAGCGAAACAUUAAUAGCCGAUACAUUCAAAAGUCCAAAGGAGAAGAAAGACCGAGGUCGAAAGAAAGACGCACGCAUGCCGUCAGCACAUCUGCCUAUCAGGACGAACACAGAGUUUCCAACCAAUCCAAACGUCAUCACCAUCCACUGGGAUGAAUCUCAAGGGACGCUGAGGAAGAUUAAAUACCGUGAUGGUCGAAUCCUGGUGGUCGAGCCCGGCUAUUACUAUGUGUAUGCCAAGACCUGCUUCAGAUAUUAUAAGACUUUUUCAGGCGAUAAAGUGGACGUCACCAAUCUGCAGUUACUUCAGUAUAUUUUCCACGAGAAGCACACACAGUCUACAAUCAAACCUAUUCAGCUGUCAAAAAGCGGCGGCACCUUGCAAUGGAAUAUUUCAAAUUACAACAUGUGCUGCGUGGAGCAAGGAAGAGGUGUCCAGUUAAAUAAAGACGACGGGCUUUAUGUUAACGUAUCAAAUGCCUGGCUGCUGGACCGCGAAGCCGACGGGACGUUUUUUGGUAUUUUUAAGAUAAGCGAUUGACUUGCAUUGUUUUUGCUACUGAACAUUUUACGACCAGACUUCAAAGUGACCGUGAACCACUUGUAAUAUUGAUCAUUGACUUUUUGUUGUUCAAUAUUGAUUGCAUUGUACAUCAUUGAAGAGCACGUCACAUCCUGAAGCGAUAACAUACCAUUGAAAGAAAAACUUACACCAUGCAAUAUGCUCCAUUUACAGGUCCAAAUACUUUUAUUUUGAAUUAUGAUGCUUCAGUACAACAAAAGGUAACAACAAAAAGACAGUACAACUAAAAAUCAAUGCUUGGUUCAUUAGUCUGAGAGUGCCGGGAUACACUGCAGGACUUCUCACAACUUCAACAGAGUGAUUUAGAGAAUGGAUUGAUGGAUAUUGGUUUAUUUAGGUUCACCCCUAUAUUUAGCUUAAUGCUGCAUUCACACCAGCCACGGUAGAGGCAUCAAGCGCGAGUGAUUUCAAUGUUAAGUCAAUGUGAAGACGCGUUGAAGCGCAUCUGGAGGUCUCGCGGCACGAAUGAAGGGUUUAGCAUGGCGCGGUACACGCGCAUCUAGUUUGCACGAAUGGCGCAAAUUGAGCGUUGCCGUGGCAAAUGCGCGAGUUCAAAAUGUUGAACUUUGGCAGAAAAACGUGACGCGUUAACCAAUCAGGAGCUUGCUGUAGUAGUGACGUGAUUACAGGAUGUGAGUGGAGUCGCAGAAGCCCCUCCCAUGACGUGAAUUUCCGCGUGAAUGUCUCGAUGACUAGAAUUUCACGCGCGCCUUUCACGCGCGAAUGAGGCGAGUAAACUCAAAACGUUCGAGCUGCAAACUAGACGUAGAAGACGUGAAUUUGACGCCUUAAACGCGGCUGGUGUGAACCCACGGUAAGGCUACUAGAUGUAAAGAAAUGAAAACCGUAAUUUGCCAAGGAUUCACAGUGCCCCGUUAUGUUCAUUUCUGUUACUGAAUGCAUGACAUUAUGGGCCAGAUUUACUAACAGCUUGCGGCAGCGCAAACCAUCGUUUGCUGUUGAAAUAAACUACUCAGGAUUUACUAAAGACACGCGUGAAAAAUUAGCCGUGAAAGUGGACACUCUUAGUUUUUGCGACUGACCUUAUUGCAUAUGCAUUUGAGUUUCCUUUUAGACGAAAAAAAUCUCAUGAUAAUUCGUACAUAUUUCACGAGCUGGCUACUUCGUAUUAAUUCAUUUGACCACAUUCGUAAGUUUUUCUACGAUUUGCCUUGAACCCUGUGAUGUUGGGGUUAGGUGCGGGAUUAGGGGCACGGUUAGGGUUUGGGUUUCGUUGUUUUUUGGUUGGGAUUUGGUUUUUUCAUGGGAAUCAUACAUUUUUGGCAUGAUUAACUUAGUGUGAAGUCAUACGAAUUACCCAACUCGUAAAAUAUGUAUGAAUUCUCGUGAGAUCAGGCUGGUUUUUAAAUUCCAAACAUCAUGUCUUAAAUUGCGAUGGCAAUUAUGAAAAUUGUAUCUAAAUAGUUUACCUAAACAUGAAAAUUCUGUUAUUAUUUUCUAACCCUCAUGUUGUUCUAAACCUGUAUGAGUUUUUAAUUUUGAUGAACACAAAAGAAGAUGUUUUGAUAAAUGGUGGCAAGCAAACAGCUGAUUGCAACCAUUGACUUAUAGUCAUUGUGGGAAAACAAAUACAAUGGCAUUCAAUGGGUACCAUCACUGUGUGCUUACCAUCAUUUAUCAAAAUAUCUUUUUCAUCCUUUAUCACAAUAUUUCCAUAAUAUUUUUUUCCAACUAUGGAAGUCAUUGGUUACAAUCAGCUGUGUGCUUACCAUAAUUUCUCAAAAUAUCUUCUUUUGUGUUCAUCAGAAAAAAGAAAUUCAUACAGGUUUACAACAACAUGAGGAUGAGUCAAUGAUGACAUAAUUUUUAUUUUAAGGUGAACUAUCCCUUUAAGCAAUCAUUUCUACUCCAAUUAACGCUUUUUUGGAAUUGCGCUCGCACGCUAGGAGUAAAUCCAGCACUAUGUGUGGUAAAUGUAUGUACAUUAUUCAACUAAUACUGAAGGUAGAUUUAAAUGAGAAAUGAUCAAGCACAUUCUGUGAUGGCAAAAAUUGAGUAUGAAACAGAUGGAAAUGUCAUGCCUGCCCUUUUCAUCAAGAAUGGAUUAUUGACUGCAAAACUUCAAAGUGGAAUGUGGCGAAACAUUUAGCGAAACAUACAGAAAUCAUGACAGCUGGUCCGUCUUGAUUCAGUAUGAGAAAUAAUUUUUUAAGCAACGCGUGUUAACCAAACUGUGUUUGGUACGCUCUAACUUAAGAUGUUUUUAGUGUAUUUAUUUAUUUUUUAUGAUGAUAGGACUUUUGUAAAAGUUGUAAAGUUUUGUACAGUGUAUAUAAUUUGAUAAAUGCCUACACCCAAUUCUUUAAGGGAGAUUGAGGCCAAUGACUUUAGGUCAGUUAUAGCACAGGGCUCUUGUUUUAAAGCUUAAACGGAUUGGUUUCUUACCAAAGAAACUUGCUAUUUAAAUAUCAUUCAUUUGACAAUUCUGUGUGCAAAAAUUCAUGGAGAGCGAAAUAUAUAUUGUUCCACAGCUGUAAAUGGCAAACCAAAAGUCUACGAUUGUUUCAUAAGUUUUAUUAUAUGUUUAUUUAUACCAUUCUGACUAAUAAAGAUACUUUUAUAAAUAAAAUACUAAUGUCCA